AAGUUCCAUCUAUACAAUUAUCCUAGAUCCACAAUCCCGACAUGGUCUUGAAGAUCUACGGUCACGACAAGUCGGCAUGCACACUGCGCGUCGUCGGCAUCGCGAAGGAGCUGGAAGUUCCCUAUGAGUUCGUCUUUGUCGAUCUAUUCAAGCAGGAACAGAAGGCCCCAUCAUUCGUUGAGAAGAAUCCCUUCGCGAUGGUGCCAUGUAUAGAUGACGAUGGUUUUGUGUUAUACGAAUCGCGCGCUAUUUGUCGCUACCUUGCAACAACGUACGCGAAGGCAGACGCGCCAUUAAUCCCACGCGAUGCCAUACCAAAUGCGCUGUUUGAGGAGGCCGCGAGUGUGGAGCAGAAUAGCUUUGAGCCAUUGGCGGCGGUCAUCGCAUUUGAGAAAGUCGUCUCUCCUGUCUUGGGCGGACAGACAAACGAGACCGUCCUCGCUGAUCAGAUUGCGAAGCUUGAUGCUAACCUCGAAGUAUACGAUCGGAUUUUGUCCAAGCGGAAGUACCUCGCUGGCGAGACCAUCACGCUUGCGGAUCUCUUUCAUCUGCCUUACGCGACCAUGAUAUCCAGCGCUGGCAUCGAUCUGUUUGACAGAAGACCUAAUGUGUCUAGAUGGCACAAGGACAUCUCCUCUCGACAAGCUUGGCUGGAUGCAUGGGCGAACCCUAUGAAGGCUUGAUGUAAAGAUUAGUAGAGGCGUGUACCAUCAGUCCAAUUCGAAAAGCAUGGAUGUCGACUGUAUAUUUGCUGACUCCAAGCCAUGUUUAUUG